AUGAGCGGAAGCUUAUUAUUCAAGCCCAUUAAGAUCGGACCUCUUUCUCUCAAGAACAGAAUCAUGAGAUCCCCAUGUGUUAUGAAUGAUAGUGAUCCAAACGGAUUUCCAUCAAAUAAAUUACUUUCUUACUACAAAGAACUGGCUAUUGGUGAAACGGGAUUGAUUACUCCUGGUGCUGUUUACUUAAAAAAGCCUGGAAAGAACUGUUCUCAGCAAGCUGGUUUAGAAACUGAUUAA